AUGUUUUCUUCCCUUGAAUCCAUCAUUCAAAAGAUAGAAGGUGCAGAUUUAAUGGAAGUUUGGGUUAAAUACUUUACAGAUUCUUCACCGUUUCCUAAAGAUUUUUUCACAAUUUUUCCGAGUCUCGCGGAUGUUCACGGAUUUUUUGGAUCUUUCAAGGAAUUUGAGACAAAGGCAAUUAAAAAAGCCAUCUCGAAUAUUACGGAUAAGAAUCAAUUGUUUGAAAUUCUUGCGGUAAAAUUUAAAUUAGCAGAUCCUAUCAACCCUGAAGCAUUCAAAGUAUUUUCACGAAUAAAUAAUCUUCCCACUACAAAAAAUGCUAAAAAAUCAAUAAUUUAUCUGUUUGAAUAUUGUAUUAGAACGUUAAUACAAUUUACAUAUCAAUUACCAAGUAUUCUGACAAUAGUUAUCGAAGACAAUAAACCAGUACCUGAAAGCUUAGUCUGUCUUCACAAAAUUGUUUUUUUUUUCUCAUUAUUCGAAUCCGAGUACUUUCUUGACUUCCAUUUAGUUCUAAGGGGUCUAUUAUCUCAUCUUUCAUUUAGAUUCGAUCAAAUCAUUACGAAUUCGAAUCUGGCGGUUCAAGAUGCUUGUUUAACCCUAAUGGGAUCAUUAGUAAGCGUUUCAAGGGUUUAUGUGUCGAUAAAACCAGAAACUGAGUCUCUUUGCGUCAAAUUCAUUACAGAACAACUCGAAAAAAUUCAAGUUUUAAUUUCCGCAAAUGUCAUGUCUAAAUCGCUCGCUAUUACAAUAAGAUCAACCAUUUCAUCUUUAGUGCCAGGAAUGGUGAAUCUUAUACCUUCACAACGAAAACAACUUGGAGAACUCGCGAUCACUUUAAUUGCGCCAAUUCUACAUUUAAACUCCAUCGAUUCUACAGAGAAAUACCAAACAGGAAUAAUUUGUCUUAAGUUAUUCCACGAAUACUGCAAAUUUGACUCAGUAAAUUUACCGAAAUAUUUAUUUACUUCUUUAAUUGAGUUUAUCAACUGGCUUAUUGUUUCUUCAGAUAUAGGUAUACUAGAAGAGAACUACAAUCUACCAGAAAAGAUUCCAGAACCGGAAACUCUCGGAAAAUUAUCAAGAGAAGACUAUUUCGCGGAAGAUAAUACUCUUAAAGAAGGGAAAUCGAUAAUUCUGACCAAAAGACUGUCAGUCGUCGCUGACAUUAUUGUUUCGAUCAUCACUCACUUCAAAGACCCAUCGCCAUUCGUUUCUAACCUCAUUAAUUCGAUCAAGGAGCAAGAGGAACUCAUAGAACCAGCGUUAUAUAGGCCUUACGUCGCUUUCGUUUUGUAUCUUUUGAUGAAAAUUCAUGAAAGUAUCGUUGUUGAGGCCAUUAAAGAUAACUGGCAAUUGCUGUUAUCCGAAAAACUAUUUCCUUAUGAUACAACGAUCAAAUCUGAUACAAAUUUACAAUACGCAGUUAUGAUUUUAUCAUAUCGAGCUUUUAUUAACUCGCCUGACUCCAGACAGACUAUAUUAUCAUGCCUGAGUAGAUAUUUUGAGACAAAUGCUGAAGCUGGCGUUACAUAUUUUUGGAGAUACUUAAAUAUGAUGCUGAUUGUUGCGAAAUCAACACAUUUCAUUCCUAACAUAGCAAAUUCAAAGUUGAUUCAUAAAAUAGUCCUCCUUUCCGCAACAAAUUUGGGAGUUUUUAAUUUCUUAAGAACCUGCAUCUUUAUUAAGCCAGCACCUUUACUAAUGCGUCAGGAUGUAUUAGAUUUCAUGAUAGAAAACUGCGAAAGAGAGAAAUACAUUGAUUCCAUCGCUUCAUUGUAUAUGAUCGGAUUUUCUCUUCUCGAUGAAGGCCAAAGCUCAUGGCAAGUUGUUUCUGCACUCAUGAAAAGCACAAGUAAACGACUUGCUUCUCUGGAAAACGUUAAAGUUUCGUUAUCAAUUGUAGAUUUCGCUUUUGGCAAGGUCCAAUCGUGGUCUCCAAAAUUAGUUGACUCCAUUGCAUGCAAGAGAUUCUGUGAAGCUGUUGCAAGUAUCCCUGUAAACCACUUUUCCGUGGAUAAUUACAUAAGAGUUCUAAAAAGCUUCACAAACGUCUCAAGAAUGAAUCCAAGCAUGUUCUUCCUUAUCACACAACCCGAUAUUACCAUUUACGAUAAGCUAAAGAUCUUUCCAAAGGAUGUAAAAGACGAAAACAUCGAAAACAUCAUAAAAUCGUUGUUUGAGUUCUCUUUUUCAUCGAGAACUACGAAAUCCAACGGCCACUACAUCCGAAAUUACAAAGUAAUAGAGAUAAUUACGGAAUGGGUCCGAGGAACGAAUUUUGAGUCUUAUGUCUUCAAAGAAUUCAACAGAUUGGCGAUGAAAUCAAUCGGAAAUAUUUUUCAAUUGAACAGAGCUCACAUUCCUGAGUAUAUUUUGGAGAGAUUGGAAGAUAUCGGAGAUAAUAUCUCGGUUAUCUCAGAUUUACUUUCAUUAUUCACACAAUUAUGUAUGUACGUAUUCACUACAGCGAUCCUGUAUUCUGGAAUUCGGCUAAUGCGCUCUAAAAAGUUCCAUUAUCCGAAUUUAAUUUUAUCUACUUUCUUUAGGUUACUUACUGAUGAACAAUUGCAAGGUCCGACAUCAUUCUUCCAUUUUGACGGAACUGCAACUGGUAUUUUCGAUGCGGAAGUCGUAAUAAAUGACAAAGAUUGUUUAUAUAUGUCAUUAAGAAUCGAUCAGAACUUUGAUUCCCCUAUACAGCCGAUUCUAUCCAUCACAAACGAUGUGGGAGAGAAUUUAAUUCUUUCUUUGCAGCAAAAUCGACUUCAAGCUUCGAUGUUGUUUCAAAAAGGAACGACGAAACAAGAAGGAUCAUGCUUUAUCGAACAUAACACAUGGUUCUCGAUAGCUAUAGUCUUCACACAGAAGGUUAUCACAGUAUAUUAUAAUAAUAAUCAAGAUUUGACACUUUUGCCAAUGUCACUUUUUAAGAAAAACAAAAUUUUUAUCGGAACAAUGAUAGAUUCAAUGCAAUCGAAUGGAAUGAUCGGAGAUGUUGGUCCAGUUGUAAUUAUUAAGAAUGGAGACCCGAAUAAAUUGUCAAUGAAAUUAUCAGCGAAUGAUAUCACAGAUAAGUACGGAAAUGACGUAACACUCAAAAUAACUAGCCGUACUACACUGCAAAAUACAGUUUUGAAUGUAAGCGAACUGUCACAAAGUGUAAAUUUCAGAGGUCAAGCGAUUCCAAACGUUUCUACUAUAGUUGAUUCAUUCAUUGCUGUCUCAAGUAUUCCAAACUUGCUUCCUUUGAUACAAAGACUCCGCUAUUGUGAUAAUUGCAAAGGAUUUCAUUCAGAUUAUUGCAAUUUAUGCGGAGGACUUGCUUCUGAGCACGGAUCUGAGAUGCUUAUCACAUUAUUACAGGUAAUUAUCAGAUUACUUCAGAAGUUCCCCAGUCUUUUGUCAACAUUCAAAUCAAUUAAAGGGGAAAAGUUGAUUUGCGGCUUUCUUCAGAACAUAAACCAAUCGUAUUUAGAUGAUAGGAGUCUGAAUACACUCGCAGAUCUGUAUAAAGUCUCAAAAGACCCUGAAUUUAGUCAACAAUUAAUCGAAGAAUUGUAUUUAUCCGUAGAUUUCAUUAAGACAUUGCCACAAGACAUGCAGGAAUACUAUUUUAAGACCGUUCUUAUCAAUAUUUGGAACUACAACAAAGUUCCUUUCCAAAGUUUUCCGUCAUUAGAUUUUAUGAUCUGCAGAGCCAUGAAUUUGACGACAUUUGACGUAUAUUGCUAUAACCACAUGUGGUCAUUCAUCCUUAAAAUGGUCACUACUAACUUGGCUCCUGUAUUUACAACAACAAUUAUCUCAAUUAUUUCAAAAAUUUCGGAUCGAAAAAUUUUGUCACCUUUAUUGGAUUUAUUUUUGGGAUUGAUCGAUGAUACGAUGACUCAAUCGUGUUCAAAUACAUUGGCGAUCUUCGAUUACUAUUUACCUUUUGUUUAUUGCUUGCAAAUUCCGGAUUCAAAAAUUCAGAACAAAAUUUUGCACAUUAUUGCAAGAUUGAGGGUUUCUAACUCCAAAUUAGAGCAAUACAUGUACAUUGCUGCACUCACACAGGUAAAAUCUGAAGAUCCAGUGUUAUUUGUCGAAACAUUAAAUUCAAUGAUGUUUUGGAACAACUGUCCUGAGAUGUUACCACUAUUUAUCAAGUCUAUGAAGGAAGUUCCCAUUGACAAAUCAAUGGAAAUUUACAUAGAUUUCGUAACUUUGAUAAAAUCACAGACAAAUCCAGAAAAAUCAAUAAUAAGACUUGCAAACUGGUAUCAUUUAGUUAUGGAUCUAAGUAUGAUAUUCUCUCAGCCAAACAGUAGCUUAAUUUCCAUAAUUGAGCCAUUAUUAUAUCUUAUUGUCUUAACUUUGAAGAAUAGGAACGGAAAUGACUUGACAGAGCUCAUGACAUACCUGGAUGUAUUCGAAAUGACCAAUAAUCUCAAUGUUAGAGAGGCAAAAAAGAUGAUUUUCUUCCAUAUCCUCAAAAGCCCAGAACUUAUGUCCAAAGCAAACCAAAACAGUCCAAAUGGAAGCCUUUUCGAAGCAAUUUUCCCAACAAUUUUGGCAGAAAUUUUCAAAUUUAUUUUUAUCCACCAAAAUUACGACAAAAAAGUAGAUGCUUACAGCGUAGUUACCAAAGAAAUCGCCAAGUUCGUACCUGAACAGAAGUAUUUCCCUUCAAUCGUUGAUUUUGACAUAUUAAUUGAAAAUGGAAAAUGGAAAGACCUUGAUCUGGCCACAGAGCUUCUAACACAAAUCAGCUACAUGUUCAGUUUCGAUAUGAACAUCUCCGAUUCAAUAACAAUCAAUUCUUUCCCAACAAUCAGUUACAUAAUUUCUCUUGUUGCCAAAUUUGAUACAGAACUGUUCGUAAAAUCGGUAUAUUCACUUCUCGACCUCUAUCCAAAGAUCGGAUACGAUGAAGCAUACGAGAGUUCAAACAUAAUACUGCAUACAAUAAAUAAAAACAAAAUAAAAUUUGACAAAAUUGAAAAAUUGAAUAGUUUUGUCACUUUUUAUACCGAUGAUGAAGAUUCACCCGAACUGCAGUAUUUUAUGUUUGAAGACAAGUUUACAUAUGACAUGGCUCUUCUUCAAAGUGAGAUUGUCAUGCAGCAAUCGAGUUUGAUCAAAACAAUGAGUUCCAAAUUAGAAAAAAUCCUGAAAAUUGAAGAUCUUUCGAAAUUAAAGGACAAAGAAGAUUUGCCAUUGAUAGAGAGGAUCUUUAGACUCAACAAUGGACAAGUAUUAGCAUUAAUCAGUGGAGCUUACGACAGAAUUGUUCUUAGACAAAAGAAUUUGGAUGUAAAUAGUCAUUUGAGUCUUUCCAAGUAUUUGAGUUCUUUCAUGAGAGAACUUUCUAUUUCUGGAGGACCAUGGACAAACAAGAUGCCUGCAAACCAUUACAAAAUGUCUUGUUAUCUCUCCAAUUCCGGACAAAAAGUCAUUCUAAAGUUAAACAACAAAUUUGACGACCACAAAAAAGCGUCAGAAUUAAGAGAUCAAGGAGAAUCUACGUCGGAAAUCAGUAUCCUUCCAAGAUUUAAGCAGAUGACAGCGUCAGUUAAUGUUAACAGAUUGGAUGGUUACCAUUGCCAAGUACAAAUGAUUUCUUUGAGUUCUUUUUCAAGUGGUGA